CUCACAGCCUGAUAGCUGUAAGGGACAGACCAUCUCUAAAGAUAUUUCCUAUUUUCAGAUCGUCCCCUUUGAUAUUUACAACUGCAAUGGAGACUCUAAUUCACCAUUUGGAAUGUCUCAAACUUUGUGGAGAGGACACCGAUGAUGAGAAGCAGAUUCUCCAGAGCCUCAACAUGGUUUUGCUGGCACUUGAUGAAGACAUGCAGAAAUCAGCCAAACUGCUUACAGACUAUAAUGUUUUACCAUCCCUAGCAAAAAUCCUUAAAGCCAGCCCAACUUGUGCAGAGAAAGCAGCCCAGGUCCUGGCAGAACUAGCAAAGAAUGAAGAAACAAGAAGGCUUUGCAUUGAUGCAGGCUUGGUUUUGGCAUUGGUACCUCUGCUGGAGAGUUCUGACCAGGAGAUUCUACUUCAUGCUGGCAGGGCCAUCGGUCGCAUCUGUUAUGAAAACAAUGAUCUACAGGAACAACUAGUCGAACUUGAUGUAAUCUCAUCUUUGGUCAGAAUAUUAACAGAUUUCCCGGACAAUGAUACGUUGGUGCGUGUAGAUCUUUUGGCCCUGUCCAAUCUGGCAGAUCUAGAAAGUGCUAAGGAAGCUUUAAGUAAAACUACGGUUGUCGGGCAGCUGGUAAAACAGCUGAAGAAAGCAGAAAGCCAUGAAAGAAUUGAAAUUAUCAUCGAGGUUCUCCAGAUGCUGGCAGAGAAUGAUGCUCUAAAGCUCCAGCUGGUGGACUCCUGCGUGCAGGAGAUACUAUGUAGCAUACUUCAACGAUUACAGGAAAGCUCACAGGCAGAGGAUAUGUGCACAAUGAAAUCGUCAUCGGACCUUAUUGUAUCUCUGCUUCUCGGUGAUGAGUCAAUGCAAAAACUCUUUGACAGUGGGAGAGGCAUAGUGUACCAGAAUAUUCCUUCUUGGUUAACCUCACAACACACCCUUCUUCAGAUGACUGGAGCACUAGCCAUUGCUAAUUUCGCUAGAAAUGACAGUAACUGUGUGCGAAUGGUGCAACUCGGAGUGGUACACCAACUGUUAGAUCUGUUGGAGCUACAUGUAGAGAAUGGUGAUGUUGCUGUUCAACAUGCGGCACUCAGCGCUCUCCGGAACCUUGCGAUACCAGUGAUGAACAAAGUACAGAUGCUGGCAGAAGGAGUGGCGGACAGAAUCCAAAUGUUACUUAGGUCAGAAAUGCCUCCGGUUCAGUUUAAACUCCUGGGAACUCUACGGAUGCUGACAGAUGGGCAAGCUGACACUGCUAGAAUACUGGGACAGGAUUCCAAACUUCUGAACAGAUUAGUGCAAUGGUGUGAAGCCAAAGAUCACACCGGGGUACGAGGAGAGGCAAACAGGCUACUAGCAUCUCUUCUGCGUCACAGCAAGUCUCAGGAUGUAGUGAAAGCUGUUCAGCAAGCAGAAGGGAUGAAACACCUGGUGUCCAUGACGACAAGCGAACAUGCUAUAAUGCAAAACGAAGCCCUUAUCGCACUGGCCAUCGCAUCAGCAAUUAACCUUGCCAUAGUUGAAGAGACUUUCAAGGAGUCAGAGUUGGUUUCAAUUUUGCAGAAAAUAUUGGAGGAUGAAGCCAUGGGUCCAGAGGUGAAAUACAAUUCAUUGGGCCUGCUGUGCAGCAUUGUCGACUCAGAUGAUCUGCGAAAAGAAAUGACAGUGGUCAACAUAAAAGAAACUCUGGAGAAGCUCUGUGGACACAUCAACAAUAAUGUAGCAAAACAGGCCAACACUGUCCUGCAAAUACUGGCAAACUGCAGCCAGAACAGUGGCCAUUUUUUUGCCUAGUGAUUGCUAUGAUCUUUUUGCUGUAUGAGCGACAUAUUACACUAUAUUUUGAUAUAGCAACACAAUCAAUACUUUGGCAUUGGUCUCUCCUGAAAUUCACUUAGGCGUAGAUAACAGUAUUUUUUUGCAUGACUCUGAAUGAGAACAUCAGUCAGAAGAUAAAUAGUUAGACUUGAACAACAAAAAUCCUGGCAUGCAAUAAAGGAACCUGAUGAUUAAAGAGAUAACAUAAUCGUCUAUUUAAACUGAAAUCUUGGCAAUGGUGAGCAUACUGCAACUGGGUUUCCUGUAGGAAGUAAUUAAAUGUUAUAAUGAAUUUAUCUAUUUACACAAAGGGCAGUUAAGUCCAAUUAAACCACUUAGUGCCAAACCAUCUAGGAUAUUAGGAAAAUUAUGAUGUGAUGCAAAAAAAUCCCCACGUGUUAGACACAUCUUCUUUAGUAACAUUGACCCUAAUGGCUUGUAAUGGUCUACGGGGGGAGAACGAACUAGUAUGACCAAAAAGAGAAUGCGUAUUUAUCCAAGUACCUGAUUUUCAGCCAUCUGCAUCAGUAUUAAGAUUAUUGAUCACCACCUAGAUUUGGGGGUGUUUAAAAGUGUACUAAGCUGGAAAAAAAAAAAGUACGGUAAUUUGAAAAUCAAGUUCUCUUUUGACCGGUCAAGAACAGAAAUGUAGGUAAGAUGACGCAGAGCAGUUUCAAACCAUGCAACAAUUAGAUGUUCAGGCCUAUAGAUCUUCAAUAUAUUUAUCAAUUGCAGAUAAUCUGCAUUUUCUGUAUAUAUUUUUCAAAAAACAGGAAUUAUAAUCAGAUACAUACAUGUCUGCAUAGAAACCAUAUGUAAACCUUAUUGUAUUUAUUUUUUUCAUAUCUAGAAUUAAGGAGACUUAUUCAAUAUUUUGUUAACUGAGAUUUAAAGUUUCAGUAGACUUCACACUCUCAAAUACAAGGUAUAUAAAUAUAUGGCAGGAUAAAUAAAAAGCUAAAGGAUAUCUCUUGGUCCCAAUCUCCUCAAUAGUAUAGGUGAAAUUAAAAGAGAAAGAAAAACAAAAUAGAGCUCACGAAAAUAAAACAAUGGGCAUAAGAUAUAAUAUAAUACCCACUUUUCUUUGAGCAGUUAGAAUUCUUAGUACUUCCAGUAUUGGUGGUAUAACCUCCAACAAGGAUAGAUGUCUAGAUUCAACUGGCGAGUGCUGGAAAUAGAGGUAAAAAAAUAUAAGAAGAAGUAUCAUUGUUAUAACAUAAAAACAAUAAAUUAAAAUAAUCCACAUCGUUUAUCAUCCUAUUCUUAGGCUUUUUUUCAAGUGAAUUAUAGUGCAUGGUAAACAGGAAUACAUAGGGGGAAGACAAAUUUGAAAUCUGCGGUAAAAUGACUGUCAUGUGAGAGCAGUCACGUGACCAUGUGAAUAGAAACUAUACGUACAUACAGUGUUAAUAAAAAAAUAUAUUUUGUAACAUAAGGGCAUUGAAUAAAAAGGCAAAGAUAUGUCAACUAAAUGAAAAAGUUAUAGAAGCAAUAUUACUAGAUCGGAAGGUCAGAUCGAGUCCGUGCUUCAUGUGACUAAAUCCUACAUACAAUGCCGGUAGUGUUACUGUUAGGAGCAGAAGUUUUAGGAACAAAAGACAUUAUUAA